UACUGAUUAGAAUCCAUAUAACUUGGUACUUGAAUUUUAAAAUUUAUAAAUAUUUAAUUUAAAUGUGUUUUUGCAUGAAUAUAGUCCUAAUUUAGAGUUAUAGAUCUUUGGGUUUUAGUUGAUCGUUGAACAAUCUAAAUUUUGGUGAAGAAAUAAUUUUAAAAAUAUUGAAGAAGAAUAAUAUUAUUUGUUAUCUAUUUUCAAUUUAAUAAAAUGGACACAAAUGAAACUGAUGGAGCUAAUGGAAAUGUUGAAACUAAAAAAAUAGAAGAAGAAGGUACUGAAAGAGUGGACGAAAAUGGAGUAAAAUAUAUUAUAUAUGAAGAAAAUCAAGUGGAAAUAGAUGAAAAUGCUGAAGAGUUAGAUUUAAAUCAUCAAAGACUAGAUAAAAUUGAAAACUUUGAAAACAUGCUAAGUCUUCGCUCUUUAUGUCUACGUUGGAAUCAUAUAAAGAAAAUCGAAAAUAUUCAAAUGCUCGUUUCUCUUAAUGAACUUGAUUUAUAUGAUAACCAAAUCACUAAAAUUGAAAAUUUAUCCAGUCUAGUAAACUUGAAAGUGCUUGAUUUAUCGUUCAAUCGCAUAAAAGAAAUUGAAGGUCUUGAACAGUUGAUCAAUUUAGAAAAAUUGUAUUUAUCCAGUAAUCGAAUAACUAAAAUUACAAAUGUUAAUCAUUUAUUAAAUCUUCAAAUGUUGGAAUUGGGAGAUAAUAAAAUUAAGACAAUUGAAAAUAUUGAAUGUCUCACUGGUCUUACUGAAUUAUACUUUGGGAAAAAUAAAAUUGAUAAAAUACAAAAUUUAGAUACAUUGGUCAACUUAAAAAUAUUAAGCUUACAAAAUAACAGUUUAACCAAAAUUGAAAAUCUUAAUGAGUUGAAAAAACUGGAUGAAUUGUAUCUAUCUGAAAACGGAAUCACUGUAAUUGAAAAUCUCAAUGAUAAUAUUAAUCUUGGAACUCUAGAUUUGUCUAUGAAUAAAAUUUCUAGAAUUGAAAAUAUAAUACAUUUACAAAACUUAACAGAAUUUUGGAUUAACGACAACCAAAUAAAUGAUUGGAAUAAUGUCCAAAUUUUGGAAAAUUUGAAGAAACUAGAAACUAUAUACUUGGAACACAAUCCAUUAAGCAAGGACAGUGCAUAUAGACGAAAAAUUAAAUUAAUUAUGCCAUGGAUUGCCCAAAUUGAUGCUACAUUGGCUCGAUAAAUUAUUUAAAUUGACUAAAAAGCUUUUUUUAAAUAGGUAACUCACUUAUAUCAUUAUACAAUGUUCUUAAUAUUAUAGUUUUUCUUUGUAUUAAUAAUUAAUUUGUAUAAUUAAAAGUUCUCAACUAAAAAUAUAUUUAUAUGAUGAUUGUGAAUUGAAACACUAAUAUAUUAUGUAUAAUAAAUAAAAAUAAGAUUUUAAAA